AUGGAAAAGAAACAGAAAAUUGCGUUCACACAUGCGGUUAUUGUGUCUCUGAUCUACAUAGAAGAAGAUUUUAAAUUUGCUGUGCUUCAAUGCAAAUUCAGAUACAUUGGUCGAGGACAUGGACUGAGACUAAAUAAAUUCAUUGACGUGAAACCACAAGACAUGAAAAUAUUCAUGAGACUUUUUUUUUCUGCGCUUUACCUCACAACCAUCGAAAAUCCGUGCAUGACCUCAUAA